AUGUCUCUAGACCUGGAGCAGCACUUGACCUUUUAUGGUGCCUACCACCAUAACUCGAUCAACAUCGCCAUUCACAUGGUCUGCGUUCCUCUCAUCCUCACUUCGGCCUUUUGCAUGGUUCGUCUUAUCCCUUGGUCUCUCUCAUUGCUGAUCACUCAUUUACCGCGAAUGUCUGCUCACCGGUACUGGCAGGCCACAUAUACUGGCACUCUCAUCCCCACACCAUCCUGGCUCACCAUCCCCUAUCUGGAACUCAACCUUGGUACCAUCGCCGCCAGCCUCUACUCCCUGCUGUAUUUGCUCCUCGAGCCCUUUGCCGGAUUCCUUCUGGCCGCUUUCUGCAUGGGUGGUGCCGCUUUUGGCAACUACCUGCGCCAGCAGAGUCCCGAGACAACCUUCCAGGGCGCCUUGGCCCUUCACAUCGUUUGCUGGAUCUUUCAGUUCAUCGGCCAUGGCACCUUUGAGGGCCGGGCCCCUGCCCUGCUCGAUAACCUCAUCCAGGCCAUCUUCCUUGCCCCCAUGUUUGUGUGGCUCGAGAUGCUCUUCAUGCUUGGUUACAGGCCCGAACUGCAGGCUCGUGUGAACAAGAAGGUUCAGGUCGAGAUUGAGAAGUUUAAGGCCAAGUCCAAGAACGGCAAGGCCCAAUAA